AUGACCCCCAUGGGACGGGAUCUCGGCAUGAUGGACAUGACUAUGCUUGGACUGGCCCAACAUUCCGAGAGCCAUGGUCGGAUAUCAAGCCAUUUUCUCCCUAACAAGUGUCUGAGCCACUCCGACGAGUAUCACAAGAAGCCAAAAUACCUUCCAAGUCUAGCAGAGCUGGACUGGGCGACAUUGGGAAAGUAUGGUCAUGCAGAAUGGCCUCUGAAACCCAAAGACGCCCACGGACAGCAAAGCUCCUUAUUGACGGAGGAUACUCCGAGACCUAUACAGUGUUCAAAUCCCCGCCCUAUCUCAUACUACACUCGCGCCUUGUCAAUCUACACGGGCCCUCCACUGCCGGUCGAACCGUCUGUACUAUAUGGCAGUGACAUUGCCCAACAAUCGCGACUUGGAGACUUGCCCAGCCCACUUCGGCGCAUUACCGAACUAUACGACCUUUCUUCAGCCGGUCGAGCCCUCUUCACCAACCGUGAGUGA